GAAGUCAGUGAACUAAACAAAUCCACAAUUUCUUUUAGCUUGGUUGACUAGGAAUAGAUCGAGUCAACCAACCAAAAUCCAGACCAGAUCUCCUUCUGUCUUGUUCCUUCCUCACUUCUUUAUAAGCACGAGAUCUUGGGGUCUGUCUUUAUCUGCACCAUGGAAGCCCUAACCGCCGUACACGACGGAGACGACGCCAACAUCGGCGCCGCGAUUCUGAUGCGCUUCACCGACAGCAACCGCGAACUCGACCUCGAAAUCCGCAAACUCAUCGUCGUCAUGUCGGGGAUAUUCCGAGACCAAAAUGCACCUCCGACGCCGAUGGGCUACUUGGGCGCCACGUGCUCCUUACUUGACGCCGCCGCCGCCGCCUCCAAGCCCCAGGCUCCCGCUCACGUGCUCGACGCCCACCUCACCAUCCUGUCCAUCGUCAUCCCAAAAGUCCCUGCUGCGUUUCUGAUCAACAAUCUCCGGCAGGUCUUUGAUUCCUUAGCACGACCUCUCCGGUCUUCGUCUCCGAGUACCGACUGCUUAGAAGUGAGAUGCAUUGCUCAGUUGUUCAUUGCCGUCGCAAACAUGGUCAACAAUUGGUCAGACGUUUCCGAAUUGUACAGCUACUUCCUCAGCUUGGCUUUCCAUGACGGCUUCAAGGUGAGAAUUCAAUUACGUUUGUGUCUCCCUGAUGUACUGCGAAGUUUUCAAGGAACACUGCUGUUUGCCCCUGCAACCAAACAGAUUACCGACUUGUUGACCGAUGACAGAACUGCCGUGCUUGUCUACUAUAAAACUCUCUUGGAACUGAACCAAUUCUUUGUUACCACACGGAUCGUGAUGAUGACGUGCAUCCCGAGAACUACAGCUGGUUUUCUCAGUAUUGGACUGACGAGAGUUUAUUCCUUUAACCGGCAAAUCUGUGAAAUUAAUCUCCCUAUUGUGUUUGAUGCACUCAAAGUGAUAUUGGAAGACCCUAACGCACACAGCGUUCCUGAUCCAGUGCAUGCAUUUAAGUGUCUUAUUCAUGCUUGUAUUGAUGAAAGCUUAAUCAAAGAGGGUGUUGACCGUGUGGUGAUGAAUGCAAGCAUGGGGGAUGGAAUCAAGUCUGAGCCAACUAUAAUUGAAAAUUUGUGUGCUACUAUUGAAAGCCUGCUUUAUUCAAAGCCUACUAUUCAAUGCCCGCGUGAUUAUCGCAUGUUUACUUUCUCUACCUGGGCUGCUGCAUUUGAAGUUGUUUCAAUAAUGCUUGACAAACUAGGGCCAUGCUCUUCUUAUCUGAUGAGGGGUACACUGAAGACCUUGGUGGACAUGCUGAAAUUGCCUGAUAGAGAAUUCCAUUUCAAGGAAGCGAAGGUUAAGCUUCUUCUGAAAAAGCUUGUUCAGAAAUAUGGGUUCGAGGCUAUUAUGGCCUUCAUGCCUCAGGAACUUAUGAAUCUGCUUGUAGAGAUCAAUGAAAUGGCUUCUAAAUCUGUGGAAGUGAUAUCUCAUGUUGUGGGAGCAACUGCAGUCAGGUCUGAGAGUAGCAAUAAUAGAAUGCAUGUUAAAGCACUUGGACCGUGCAAGAAUUCAAAAUGGAAAAGGGAUGGUCGAGGUAUUGGGCUGCGUGAAUAUCAAGCUAGGAGAGAGAUGACAAACAGGAUGUCGGGUGCAGCUGUGAUGGCAAAGAAGCUAAAAAUCUAG